AUGGAUCAACUCGAUGAUGGGUUUGAACUGUCCCAAGACGAGGAUAUCCAAUCCUUGACCAUCCGGCUUGUUCCAAUGGGGGUUUCUGCUGAGUGCCCAGGGAUGGAAGUAGGUCAAGUCGCAGCCAUACACAUUGAGACGACUCGUGCUCGCAGUGUGACGUUCCGCCCGCCAGACUUCCAGUCCCUCUCACCCCAAGAGCUUCAGCACCACCAGUAUCAGGGCGACUCCGACGAAAAACUCACAGCUAUCUCUUGGAUAUUGAAUGUAUCCUUUGAACGAGGCCGAGCCGUUAUUUCUACGAAUGGAAGUCACCGAAAAGCCCGAAUAUUGGUCCCCGAACAAGGACCUCCUUUUGACCAGGUACGGAAACUCUACUUCGAGAGACAGAAUGAUGGCCGUCGAGAGACCAUAAUCACAGCCGAGGCCUACUUCAAAGACCGGGCAAUAGUCGGACUACUCUUUGUCUAUACGUCAGGUAGAACAGCGAACACGGACGAGCUCUAUACCGAGAUUCGUCAAACUGUUCAUUUUGCACCUGAUGCUCGAAUUGUUGGCUUGUCAGCUGCUUUUGCAACCGCGAACUACAGGGUUAUGGAAAUCGAGUUUGAGGUUGAACAGAAUGAGCAGACCCGUCCCCGCUAUAAGAAGCUUAGGCUUCUCGCCAAUUUGCACCGCGACCCGGCACAUACCGUUGGUAGCAACUGGCGAGAGGUGUGGUGUAAGGAUGAUGCGUCUGCAGAGAACUGCCAGCGGGUGUUAGACCGUGACAGAGUAUAUAAGCCCCCAAGUGGGUCGAGGCUUAUUGGUAUGUACAUGCGUUGCCAGGAGUUCUUUCGUCUAGGAGCAUUAUAUGAGCCCGAUGUUUCUCAAUAG